AUGGUAAUUUACCAAUGCAACGUCGGAGAAGACCUCAAGUCACGCGUGAUUGUCGAAGCCGUGAGGGCCUUCUCUGAGUCUCCUUCGUCACCAAAGGCGGACGUGGCUAAUGUCCAGAUGCUCCGCAGCCACUGCAUCGAUGCGUCUUUGAAGUUUCACUUUGAAACAGCGCAUGAUGUGCAAACUGUAUGCCGCCGCAAGACAAGACAAGGUUUCCGCCUAGGAAUCCUUGGCGAGGAAAGCCGGAUGGGGUGA